CUAACCUUAGUAGGUCCUGGUUUGAGUCAAGCAUCCAAACAGUCGUGCCACUCUUGACGUUCUGUAAUACGGCAUCAGCACUUUAAGUCGGAGGUUUUGCUUAGCGGAAGUCUGCUGGUCUCCUGAGGCUUCCUGGAUGCGUGAAUAAAGGUGACCGGACAUUCUUGUUCACUAUACCCAAGGAAGAUUGUUUGGGAUAGGAUUCUCUGCUUCUGCAGCCCCAAUCACCACGGCGGCCAUCGCCAUACCUAACCCCCGACACCAUACAUAACCCCCAACAGCGCUAUACGCUCCAUCACCCAUACACCGCCAACCCGAGAAUUAUACCCACGGGAAGCGACGGGAAUGCCAACCAGUGAAGCUUCUGCCAGCGCUACUACGGCUGCUACCACUAACCACCAUGGUCACGUGCACCGUGGAGUAAGUCUGCUGGACCAGACCGUGGACACUAUCAACCUGAAGUGUAGGAUAUGCAAGAACCUGCUGUACCGCGCACGCCAGUCAACAAGGUGUGGACAUCGGUUCUGCGAGCCUUGCUUGGACGCCGCUCUCAAACGUGCUUGCGAGGAGUCGAAGACGUUCAAGUGUCCCGGAUGUGGGACUGGCAUCGAGUCAAAAGCGUACUUCCCUGAUACAUAUGCCGACCGCGAAGUUCUGCCGCUGCACGUACGCUGCGCCGCUUCACAACAAGGAUGCCAGUGGCAGGGACCCUUGAAGCAAUACGAGGAUCACCAGCUGGAUUGUCCAUAUCGACUAGUGGAGUGUCCAAAUAAGGGUUGCAAAGCCAUGACCCCGCGUCACAAGCUGGAGAAUCAUCGGAAUACGGUAUGCGUCGGUAGGGAGAUCCCAUGUGAGACGUGUGGCGAGAUGGUCACCCUGGUCGAGCUGGAUCGUCACGUGACUGAGGAGUGUCGCAAGGCAUUGGUCGCGUGUAGGAACGGGUGCGGCGCAGCUGACCUCCUGCGAUCUGAGCUAGCGUCUCACGAGAAGACGUGUCCUAAUGUCAAGGUUAGAUGCUACUAUUCAACAGCCGGCUGCGAGUUCUUCGGUAACCGUGGCGACCUGCCCGCUCACCAUGGCAACAACGUAGCGUACCACAUGCAGAUCAUACAUCAGAUAUCGGAGGCCACCCGUCAGAACCUGAAUGAGGUAAAACUGGACUAUAAUAAACUGCGGCAGGAAAUGAAACUGGUAAAAGAGGACAACGGGAAGUUGAACGCAAGGAUAAACAAGCUGAACGAGGACAAUGAAACGUUGUCGAAUCAAGUUACAACUUUGCAGAGAUCAAGCAGCGACCAACGAAAGGAGUUAGACAAUGCAAAAAGGACCAACAAAGAAGUUUCAACGAAGCUGGACAAAGUUGCAACAAGUGUUGAACGUCUGAGUCAGGAUUUCGAGUGUGCAGGUGACAUACAACAUUUUUCGGGACGCACGCAGCAGCAGAUAGCGUUCCCUAUGGCCUCAAGUGGCACGCAAGCUAUCAAUCACUGUACGAGUUCCUCAUCGUCCAAUAACCUCUCCAAUGGGUUCUGCAGCCAACCCUGUAUCGGAACAACCCCAACCACCGGCUCCACCACAUUUCGUCAGGGUCGAAGCUCCAGUAUGGACACAGCGCUGACAGGCAACGGCAUGACGUCAUCGCGUCACCCUCCGCCCGCCCUGCUUCCCGCAGUGGAACACGAACUCAACGAGCUACGACAGACGGCUGUGUCGCUAGGGAAACGCGUUGAUGCCCUUGAUAGGACGACCACAGUGCAAGACAUCCAGCUGUCUGACUUGUCCAUUCGCCAAGACCUACUGGAAGUGAAAGGUUCCAGCGGUGUUCUUGUCUGGAGGAUUGCCGACAUCGAGCGUCGUCGCCUGGAGGCCGUCAACGGUCGGACCAUGUCGCUCUAUUCACCACCGUUCUUCACGUCACAAUCCGGUUACAAGAUGUGCGCAAGACUCUAUCUGAACGGAGACGGAGCGGGUAAGACCACGCACGUCAGCCUGUUCUUCGUCAUCAUGCGCGGCGACUUUGACGCGCUGCUCCCCUGGCCGUUCCAGCAGAAAGUUCGACUAUCGCUCAUCGACCAAACCCCACUGCUGGCUAGCACGCAAGGAAAGAGAGACAUCGUGGAGGUGUUCAAGCCCAACAUGAGCUCAUCCUCUUUCCAGCGCCCGACCUCGGAGAUGAACAUCGCCACCGGCUGUCCUCUGUUCGCGCCUAAAGCUGUACUGACCUCGGAUCGCUACGUUCGGGAUGACACAAUCUUCCUGAAAAUUGAAGUCGGUUGCCUGGGAUCCCGAGCACCGGACUAUGUUGCCUCAUCCAGCAGCUCGUAAUGAUGGCCUGGCAAUACAUUAUGAUCACGAGUCAUUGUGAUGCCUGGGUGGUGUGAUGACCAGUCGUCGAGAUGUGGAUGACCAGACAUUGUGAUGGCAAGUCAUCAAGCAAGCAAACAAGAAGGCACGGCGUUGUGAUCAGUGCUAUGUGAACAGUGUAUGUCCCCUAUCCUCUCACAGCACACAGAGGCGUGUCAGCAAGCCACCAACACCAUAUUCACGUACAUGUACAUGUACAUGUAUGUGUCCAGCAGUGGUAUGUGCACCACAGUGGCGACAUGAUGCCUCCGACGAAUGAUGCUGCAGAGCUCGUCAUAGCACAACACCGUGCUAGUAUUUGGCUUCGCGUAGCCCCCUACCAGUAACCAUCAUGACAUUUGCCCUAGCUGCCUCACCACCAAUGUACUUGAUAAUGCCCGUACUUCGCAGUACAGCACAUCGUUAUCAUUACAUCAUCAUUACGUCAUUACUACGUCAUCACUACGUCAUUACUACGUCAUCACUACGUCAUAGACAUCGCCAGCGUGUGUAUGCUCUGCAUAAGGUCAUUAGAUGCACAUCAAUAGGAUGACUGGAUUGAGGUCUGGAUGUCGAGCUUCGUCUACGAUGUGCCACUGGAAUAAUCCCACGGUCACCAGUCGUCUUCCAUAUUCAAUCUCCGGUAUCCGGCUGUAGUGGUAUGGUUGAGGAUGACUUUAGCUCGGGUCUACAUGACCAAGGCACGCUGGAUACUGACUGUGACAUCCCCCUAUGCCUAUGGUGCCUGGCUAUGGGUCACGAAUACAUGCACACUCACAUCAGACUUUGAUGUGAUUUUAGAACUAAUCGACGAUGUCUUCGCCGCCCGAAACUCUGCCUGCGAGGGCCUUGAAUGUUGAGAAGGUGUACAUACCUGUACAAUGUCAUGCACCAUAGCGACGGUAUGAAGGUGCAUCGCCAUUGCUUGACCUGUGAUAAAUACAAGUACAGAUCAACUUUACGGCUGUAUGUAUGACAUCAUCAGUAGUAUCAGUGAGAAAGGUAUUACUAUUAGUUCUGACCGGCGCUGUACAUAUCACGUGACGGUGAACUAGCAAAACACCACAAUGAUGGAAUUCCCACAUUCGUAUAAUGUACUAACACUACAUGUACUUCAGUAGUAAUAGUCUAAUACUGUAUGCCUACUGCCAGAAGACUUGAUCGUGUACAAAACACAAUGCCAUAUGCAUCAUGUACUGUGCACAUGUGCCUUCUACAUGUACAUAUCCAUACAGUGUAUGCUGAUCAUCGUUCUAAUCAAUAUGCUGAGAUAUAAUGUUCACCUCCUUACAACCCAGUAACGAAUACUGGGGUUUUUUUUUCUUGACCUCUCCCAUGAUGCAUGUACACUGUACAUGUACAUGUAUGUCAAGGACGACUGUUGCUUGUAGCUAAGUUGAUAUUAUAAUUAUAGAGAUCGCAGAAGCAUCGCUGGAUUGAACUGAUUUUAGUGUGCAUAAACUCCAAUGCAGCAGCCAAUUCACUUGGUUCAUUACUUUCCAAAAAUAUUUCUCACAGGCCAAAAUUCAGAGCAGUUUGUUCAACUGAUAUAUUUUUAUAUUGAACUAGCCAAAUGUAUCCGCACUAUUUCAGUAACUUAUUUCUAAGCUUGAAGGAUUCUACUUGUCAAAUGCUGCUAUUAGAGAUAUCACUGACUAAUGAUUUUUUAUCAAGGAUGCACCUAACCAAAACAAUUUUUAUAACGAGAUGUUCCAUUGUUGUUUUAAAUUAUUUUUCUAACGGAAUUAGGUGUAGCAACAUUAGUUCGGCAACAGGUUUUUAUUGGA